AUGACAUAUACGAAGAGCAGCUCGACAAUUCGAAUCCGGAUGUUGUGCAAGUCGUGCAGGGCGGCGGGGGGGCUAGGAGCUGCUGUUCCUGCGGCGGUCAACCCUGCUAACAUUUACGGUUUUCGGGCUAUGACAGCACAACAGUAUCAGCAACUCAUGAACACCGCAAAGCAGUAUGCAGCAGCAUUGCGAGUUCAGAUGGGUCUGCCACCCCCAGGCCUCCAUCCGCCCCCAGGCGCCGCAGGACCAAUUGCUCCGCAGGAUCCACUGGUCUGGGUGGCAAUGGAGACCGAUCAUGGGAAGGUUGCAGGAGAGGUCAUUUGUGAUGUUGGUGUGCCAUUGCCUGCGGGUGCAGUCACAUUGGGAGGUUCCAAAGCAUUGGUCCCGAUCAAUACAGGUGCUGUGUAUGUUAAGCAAGUUCCCAAGAGCAAGAUUGGUACAAUGGAUGUCAAAGACCUCAGGAUUCUUCCACUCAGGUUUGAUGAACAGGGUCAACGAAGGGAGGAGUUCAGCAAAGCAGUUGCUCGCAUGAGCCAAGAUGAGAUGCCGGGAGGAGGCUUGAUGUUAGAUGGUCCUCCAUCGGCAUUGGCAGUCAUGAAAGGCAUUGUGGCUCGUGGUCUCACUCCAGUGACUGAUCAUGAGUAUUGGGUUCGCACAAAUGAGGCAUUGAAAGGCGACAGAUCUUUGUAUGAGAUGGAGGUCAUUACUCGUGCUUUGGAGGCCUUCGCAACCCAAGACCAGAUCAACGUCCCGAACAGUCGUGGAUGUGAACUUUUGAUGCGUCGCUGGCAGUUGAUCCGAGAGGCCCAUAGAUUGAACCCCAAUUCGCCUGACUACUCGGCCAGUGACAUUUUCAUGGGUUGGGAGUACAGGCGUGGUGCUGGAGUUCAUCAGGAGCUUGCCAAGUUUGUUGCCUCCGAGUUGAAGGACAUGGCACAGAUCUCCGAGGAGGCAAGAAAGGCGAGGGAGGAGGCUGCGCUCAAGAAGAACAAGGGCGGGGGCCGGGGUGCCCCUGCCGAGUCCAAGUUUUGUUUCAUCUUCGGUGACCUCCACAUCAUGAAGGACGCCACCUUGCAUGUUGAGGAGCCUUUGUUGCGACAGCGGGAUUUGCUGCCUCUGCCUCACUUCAUUCCGGAGGUUGGCCCUGGAGACCAUAGUCACCCCCGUAGAGCUGGGUUGUCUGAAGGUGCCUACAGGCGUCAGGUCAGACGUCACGAGAACGUUUGCCGGGCAAAUGAGGCGAUUAGUGCAAUCAACAGCAUGGCGGGCUUUUCUAUUGCUAAGCAAGGAACUCCGUCAGAAGUGCAGAGCAAAGCAAUGGGCAGCAUCUUGAAGUCAAUAUGUGAGGCCCCAAGGCCGAAUUCAACAACAUCCAUGCGUGAGGCCGUUCGUGAGCUUCUGCAUUACCGUCCUUCCACAGCAUAUGUUGAGCAGGAAGAAACGGGGACUACAACCGUUAGGCCGUACCAGAGAGACCUAGUUUCGUUGCCAGAGCCUGGAGCCCUCAUUCUGGACGCCAUGGACUUGGUUGAUGAAGUGGGUCGCGACAUCCUUUCGGCCUUCCACGACACAAUGUUGCGAGAUGUGGAAAAGGAUCCGCCUAAGAGGCUACCAGGGGAUAUAACUCCCUACAUGGACGUGAAGCUGAAGGCAUCCUCCACUUUGUACGAACAGUUCGCGCUAGAUCUUUGGGAUAGGAACAUGCUGGAGUUUAUUGAUAGUGCAAAAUGUGAGGUCACCCCCUUCUUUGUGAUCAAAAAGUCUGGCAAACUCAGGAUGGUUUUGGACUGUCGAGUGUCGAACGCUUUCUUUCAAGACCCUCCAGAUAUUGCCAUGCCGGCCGGGUACUCGUUUUCCCAACUUGAAAUUCCUGAUGGUAAAAACAUGUUUAUUGCUCAGACUGAUGUCAAGGACUAUUUUUAUUCCAUUGGGAUGCCUAGAGAGUUGAGGCCCUUUUUUGCCUUGCCAGCAGUGGACCUACGUCGAGUGAUUCCUAACCAUCCCCUAUGUGGACAGAGACAUGAGAGUGUUUUGAUGCUGCACCCUGCAAUGAAGGUGGUGCCCAUGGGCUGGAACUGGGCAAUGUUCAUCGCUCAGCGUGUUCAUCAACAUCAGAGCAUGCUUGCCGCUGGACUUACAAUGGACAGGAUACUGGUUGAUGGUCGCCCCAGUCCUUCGAUUGCAGAUGAUGUUGCCAUUAUUCCCUAUGCCGAUAACCUCAACAUUGUUGGGUGUGACCAGCACAAGGUUCAGGCAACAAAGCAGAUCAUUGUUAGGCACAUGGAAUCACUUGGCUUCAGGAUCCAUGAAGAACAAGAAGCGUUGGACCAGGCUGAAUCACUGGGUUUCUUCAUUGAUGGUCGGGUUGGGAGAGUUUAUCCAAAGCCAAACAAACUACAGAAGGUUCGCAAGGUUUUGAAUUGGUUGGCCCAGCGUCCUCGCGUCUCAGGCAAGAUGUUGGAGCGCAUCAUUGGACACUGCAUUCAUUUUUGCAUGUUGAGAAGGGAGCUUUUGUCGGUGUUUCGUGCAGUUUAUGAUUUCAAGAUCAUUGCAUAUAACAACAGGCAGAGACUAUGGAAGACAGCAGCAUUGGAAUGUAAGUGCAUGGCCUCGCUACUUGAUCUCUGUUUUGCGGAUCUCAGACGUCCGUGGUGUCAGGAGGUGACAGCAAGCGAUGCAAGCCUCACUGGAACCGCGGUGUGUUCAACUCAUUGGGGUCCUGCGGACACACAUCAGGUGGGGAGACAGAGGGAGUUAUGGAGAUACAGGGCGAUUGGCGGUGCUGGGAGAGCCAGGGACCAUGUUCAAGCUUUGGACCCUUUCACUGACCAUGAAACGGUGUUACCUGUUAGCCCAAUACCUUCAACUUCCCAACCUCUGGACAGCUUUCAGUUGAAUCUGGACUUCAAAGAGGUUCCCUCCACUUUGCUGCGAGUUGAGGACUGGACAAUAGACUUCUCAGCCCGAAUGACCAUGCCAGAACAUAUCACGUUGCUUGAAGGUCGAGGGGUGGUACAGGCCCUCCGGCACAAAGCCCGGGGGUCGGGCAACUUUGGACAGCGACACAUCCACUUGAAUGAUAACCUUGGAAUGACACUUGCUUUUGAUAGAGGUAGGGCUAAAAACAAGGCUUUGCUUUUUCAAUGUCGUCGAAGAACCAAACAGGACUCCGUGGUCAAUCGUUUGAAGAAAGCUGUGCAUCCAUAUGUGGGGUUGUCCAAAAUCCCCACUCCGGCAGAAGUUCGGCGGAGAAUUGCAGAUCGAACGGAAGAGGGUCGCAGUGCAAAACGUCAGAAACUGGUAGAAGAGCAGUCAAGGCCUCGGCUUCCAGGACAGACCUUUCUGGAGCAGUCAGCAAUUUCUCCCAAGACAGCCGCAGACUAUCAGAUGAGGGUUGCGGUGUUUCGAAAGUUUUGCCAGUUACACAGCAUUUCAACAACCGGAACAAAGAACCUGGAUGCUUGUUUGACAACCUUCUUUCAGCAGUGUUUCAACGAUGGCAUGGAAUUUGCAGAGGGUUCAAAGUUUUUGGCAGCAGUCAUAGACAGUUGGCCCGAAGCAGUUGCAAGGGACAAACUACCGAGGGCUCGCAGGUCGUUGAAAGGCUGGAAGAACCUCGAUCCGGGAAGAAGUCGUCCGCCAAUUCCCUUUCCACUGGUGGCGCUGAUAGCAAUGAACAUGCUAGAGGCCGGAAGUGUGGCCAGUGCAAUGUUGGUGCUGACCAUGUUUGUGGCCUAUUCAAGGCCAACAGAGACCCUUCGGCUACAAAGGAAGGAUCUUGUUUUGUCAACAUCGUUGGGUGCGACGUGCAUGCUCGUCCUCAACAGAGACGAGGACUUCGAGACUUCCAAGAUGGGGGUGGCAGACGAGAACCUCAGCAUAGACUCCAAGGCAGUACCGUGGCUAGCGAAAGCACUGGCCAUGUUGAGCAAAAACCUCCUUCCAACACAAAAGCUGUUUCAAGUCGAGUACAACAGUUUUCUGGAAGAUUGGAAGCAAGCCCUUCAGAAGUGCAACCUGCCGAGAGGACACUCCACUCCUUACCAGCUGCGCCACGCCGGCGUCAGUUGGGACCGCUUCAAAGGCUACAGAACACAGCUGGAGGCAAAGAUGAGAGGUCGUUGGCAGUCAGACAGUUCGAUGAGCCGAUACGAGAAGAAAGCAUUGGUUUCAACCGCCUUCGACUCACUCCCUCAGCAGGUUCAAAAGCUCUGCAAUGCAGCGGUGCAGACGCUGCCCAGCAGGGCCCUCAGCAUUCUGGGCCGAUAA